AUGCACCAGAAACGAAGACAUCAUGGGCGUUGUCGGGGGCAUCACAUCCUGGGGAUGACGUCGAUGCCAAACUCUGCCAACAUCGUGGACAUAAGUCAGGGACAGGGCCUUACGAGCUGCGAUAAGGAUAUGAAACGAUCUUUGCUCGGCCUUCGUCCAGAUGUUCCUAUUCUCGAGGAAGACGAUCUUAAUGAGCGUUCGAAGUUUUUGUGGUCACGGAUCAGAUCCACACUAAGGGAGCCUUUCGCCGAAUUUUGGGGAGUGGUUAUAAUGAUCAUGUUUGGAGAUGGUAGCGUAGCACAAGUGCUGUUGUCCACAGGUCAGACCACUGCACCUGGCGGAAACGGUUUCGGAGCAUGGGGCCUCGGAGUCAUGCUCGGUAUCUACGUUGCUGGCGACUCUGGUGCAUACCUCAAUCCUGCCGUUACCUUCUGCAAUUGUCUGUAUCGUCAACUACCGUGGCGGCGCUUCCCAGUGUAUUUCAUUGCUCAAGUCUUAGGUGGGUAUGUCGGAUCUGGAAUUGUGUAUGCCAAUUACAUCAGUGCCAUUGAUUGGUACGAAGGCCAUGGCAUUAGAACUGUUCCGCCUGCCCCAAAGGCAACGGCAGGCAUAUUCUGUACUUACCCGCAGGCUUUCGUCACCAAAGCAAGCCAAUUCUUUUCAGAGUUCAUUGCUAGCGCCCUGCUCAUGUUCGUCAUCUUUGCACUCAAAGAUCGAGGUAACAAUGGGGUUCCAAGGAGCGACAAGUGGUUUCCAUUAUGUCUAUUCUUUUUGAUCUUCGGCCUGGGAGCUUGCUUUGGCUGGGAAACAGGAUACGCGAUCAAUCUUGCCAGGGAUUUUGGCCCAAGACUGAUGUCCUACACAGUAGGAUAUGGUCCAGAAGUAUGGUCAGCAGGCGACUACUACUUUUGGAUUCCAAUGGUGGCACCAUUUCUGGGAUGUGCCUUUGGAGGGUUUUUGUAUGAUGUCUUCAUCUACACUGGUCCGAGUCCGAUCAAUACACCGUGGUUAGGGUUCAAGCAGAUUGUCCGUCCUCAAUACACCAAAGAGGUCAUACUGGAGCAUCGUAGGAGGAAUAAGGAGAAUGACAUUGUGUGA